GACAUGCUGCUGUUUCUGGGAACUGCUUGAGGCUGCUGCAUGCACCAGUCCCUGGCUUCCCAGGCCUGUUCCUAAGGGACUCUUGGCGGGCCUGGUUUCCAUGCCACAGGGAGCCUGCAGCGGGGGCCAGGUACCAGGGGCUGCACCCACAUAGGCAGCAGGUGGCUUGACCCUUUAGAUGGGCACAUCAACAAGUCAGCUGUAAGAUGAGACUAACUUGUGCCAAAAGUGGGAGGCUGGAAGGCAGGGCAGCUCUAUGACAGCACCUCAUGGCAAACAGCAUGAGCUGAAUGUCCCCAAAAUAGCCAGCAGGAGCCUAUAUAACAGGAGCUGCCAGUGGAGCCCGUCAGCCCCAAGCAGGGAGUCUGGCACUGAGCUUGGUGGGGGCUGGGAACACUCAUAGCUGCCUCACUGCUCUAGAGGGUGGCUGCCAGGAGAGGCCCCUGCAGAACUAAUGGCUCCGGUGCUCUUUGGCCUAAGGAAGAAGUGACCAGAACAGGGGAGAAGAGUGCACAGUGCUCUGACGCUGCGUUGGGGGGUCAGUGCUGCCUCCUGCACCUGCUCACCCAGGCUGUUGCAGCCUCACUGUGUCUCUGCCCUUGUGCCUUCUACCAGCUUCACAAGGUGCCCACCAGUAUGAAAUACUAUGACUCAGCCUUGGUGCCCCAGUACCACGGCUGCUCCCAGCGCCUCAAGCCAGCACGGACAGUGCGCUUCCCCAACAACAUCGUAUUCCAGGACAACAUCAGGCAGGGGAACUUGGAGCAGGUGGGCAGGUUUAUCAGAGCCAGGAAGGUCACCUUGAGCACCCUGUACCCCUCUGGCUUGGUAGCCCUCCAUGAAGCUGUGUUGGCUGGGAACCUCGACUGUGUCAAACUGCUGGUGCGAUACAGCGCGGACAUUCACCAGAAAGACGAGAAUGGCUGGACCCCCCUGCACAUGGCCUGCAGCAAUGGCUACACCCACAUAGCCAGGUACCUCAUCUCUUUAGAGGCCAGGCUUGAUGCCACCAAUGACGAAGGGGAGAAACCAUCUGACCUCAUUGACGCUGACUCCAAGGACCUUGUGGAGCUCUUCAAAGCUGCCAGGAUGGACUGAGGCGUCUCUCCCUGGCGUAGAGCUCCUGUCGCUCGGACUCCCCAGCAGCGGAGGUGGGGCAGUGCAGUUGUCAGUCCUGGGGUUGCUGAUCAGGGCAGUUUAGGGGAAGCAGAGAGUUCACCCAGUAACUGCACUGUAGGGCUGCAAACUACCUCAAGCUUCCCAGAUCGCCAAGGGCACCACAGGGAGAAACUGACCCUUCUCCACUGCUCUCACCCCCACCACAGAGCCAGUGUCCAUCUUCAGCUACAGCUGGAUUGGCCAAAAGAGCAGUGGCUGGAGCGCGCUGGUUCUGGCUGGCACUGGUGUGUGGACACUGAAGCUGCGGGGGUCUGAGCUGGCACUGGCUCUGCUGUGUGGAAGCACGUGCUGAUAGGACCAAGCCGGUGCUGACAGUGGCACUGUCUCACUGGAAGCAUUAAAGCUGUUUCUUUGAGCUGCAGCUCCUCAGAAUAACCCUUGUCCCUCCAGGGGCAGAGAGAGAGAGAAUGAUAGCCCAGCUCUCAUGGUAGCAUGCAGUGCUGUACAGAUUAGAUAUCUUGUUGUAAUGUCACAGUGUCAAAAGUCCUAUUUUGGAUUGAGCCAACUAUAGAUUUGCUUUUCUACUAUAGUGUCCAAUAGGUUGACCUGGUGGCCAGGUUCUUUUUGUUGCUUUGAAAAUACUUUUUACUUUUUCAAUAAACUGAUUUCUGGAGAGCCUGGUGCUGCCACCAUUGAUUUGUUUCUCAGGUGUUGAGGGUAACUCUUCCUGCCCAGCAGCACAGUUGUCCCAAAAUCACCUCUCCCAACCUGCUUUGGGAUCCUAUUAGACAGAAGCAACCAUGACACAGGAGCCACAUGCUCAAUGAAAAGAAAGAUCCAAGAAUCAACAAACUCACUGCAGCUGUCAAGGAAAAAUAGAAUGUCCGACAUGUGAUGGCAGAGCUUGGAAACAAGCCUCAGUCAUGUCUAGGCUGUUCCCCAUCAUGGGCACUCGCUGUUCACCUAGCCAGGCUUGCUGAAGAGGGUUUACUCUAACGGAUGCUCUGGUGAGAGGGAGUGGGUAUAACACAGCAGCACUUGAGCAUAUCCCCAGGCCCUGACCCCUUGCAUUGGGCCCUGUGCACCAGUACAAAUCAAGCAGAGCUGCCCAAAGUGGGCAAAGCACUUGCAGACCAAACAGCAAGUCCUGAGAACUCCCACUCCUCAGCAAAGGGCUCGCAGGGCAGCCCAGCUCACUCACCUCUAGCAUGGGCACUGCUGGAUGGCUCCAGUAUUAUCCUCCCCUGUGGGCUUCAGGGAGGGACAGAGCUGGGGGCUGAAUGAGGAGAGAGUGGCUUGGCAUGGACCUCGGCAGCUGGCGAACAGAGCCUGGUUAGCAGGUGGGGGCAUGUGAGGGAGGGGCCUUUGACAAGGGGGCAGGGCUAAAUCAGGUUGAACAGGGGGUUAAAAAAGCCAGCUCCCAGGUGAGCAGCAAAGGGGAGGAGUUUAAGCAUCAUUCCUGCCAGGUCCUGCACUAAGCAGAGCCUUGACAGUGAGAAAGCACCAGACAGAGUGAGCUGCCCAGGUAAAGAGAGUUUGGCUGAAGGAAGAGUUCAGCAACAGGGCAGGAGACGGAAGGUCUAUAACCUGCCAUAAAAAGCCACCCAUAAAAGAAACAUGGGGGGAGGAUGCCUCUUACAAACAUCCUCUAAACCUAGCCCAGUAACCCUCAAUAAAUAACACCCCAAACCUGCUAGUCUGAAACUAAAUCCAUGCUUGAAGAGUGCGAGUAUAGCAGUAGCAAUAUACUACUGACCACCUGGCCAGGAUGGGGACGGUAAUUGUGAAAUACUCAGGUUGAUUAGGGAAACUACAAAGGAAGAAAACAAUAAUAAUGGGGGAUUACAAGCAGCCUCAUAUUGACUUGGUAUGUGCCACCUCAGGAAAGGCUCCAGAGAGAACAUUUCUAGACACCAUAAAUGGCAGAUUUUGGAGCAGCAUGUGCUAGAACCCACAAGGGGCGAGAUCAUUCUUGAUUUAGUCCUAAGUGGAGGGCAGGCUCUGCUCC